AUGGGUGAGAGGGAAAAAGGUAAGAAGAUCUUUAUGCAGAGGUGUGCACAGUGUCACACUGUUGAAUUAAACGGCAAGCACAAAACUGGACCCAAUCUAAAUGGCCUCUUCGGCCGCCAAACUGGUCAGGCUUCUGGCUAUAUUUACACUUAUGCCAACAAGGCCAAGAGUAUCACGUGGGACAAAGAUAAUCUGGAUAUCUACUUGACCAACCCCAAGAAAUUUAUUCCAGGCACAAAGAUGGUGUUCGUUGGUCUUAAGAAGAAGAAUGAGCGUGCAGACUUGAUUGCUUACCUGGAAACCUCCACCAAGUAGA